UGAGUGACAGAGCUUAAGGGAUGUUUCAAAGACCGUGCUAGGGACCGUACUCGAACAAAAUCUAUAUAAGGCCUCCUCGUGCCGGUCCUCAACUCCUUUUUUUUCUUCCAUCCUCAUCCUCCUUCCGGCUUCUUCAGUUCUCAACUACUUGCAAGUCAACGUUCUUUCUGGUCUGUCCAACUCGCGGUCAUGUAUACCAUCAAGCGCUCUUUGCUCCUUUUGGGAGCGGUCAUCCCGGCCAUCCUCGGUGCCCCCGUUACCGAGCCUCACGUCCGCCGGUCGGGCGAGAAGAUUGCGGGCAAGUACAUCGUCACCUUCAAGGAGGGCGUCGACGCUGCCAAGAUUGCCGCCCACACCACCUGGGCCACCAGCGUCCACUCGCGCAACGUCGCCCGCAUCUCGGGCGCGUCCAGCGUCGGCAUUGAGCGCAACUACGGCAUCAACAAGUUCAACGCCUACGCUGGUUCGUUCGAUGAUGCCACCAUCGAGGAGAUCCGCAACCACGAGGACGUUGCUGCGGUCGAAGAGGACAAGAUCUGGUAUCUUGAUGCCAUCAAGACCCAGAAGGAUGCUCCCUGGGGUCUGGGCAGCAUCUCCCACAAGGGCAAGCCUAGCACCGACUACGUCUACGACGAUGCUGCUGGCACCGACACCUUCGGCUACGUCGUUGAUACCGGUAUCAACGUUGACCACGAGGAGUUCGAGGGCCGUGCCACCAAGGCCUACAACGCCGCUGGCGGCGAGCACGAGGACGGUGUGGGCCACGGUACCCACGUUGCCGGUACCAUCGGUGGUAAGACCUACGGUAUUGCCAAGAAGGCUAGCCUCCUCUCCGUGAGGGUGUUCGAGGGCGAGUCCUCCAGCACCUCCGUCAUCCUGGACGGCUUCAACUGGGCCGCCAACGACAUUGUCUCCAAGAAGCGCACCAGCAAGGCCUCCAUCAACAUGUCUCUGGGUGGUUCCUUCUCCCAGGCCUUCAACGAUGCCGUCCAGGACGCCUUCGAGAAGGGUGUCCUGUCCAUCGUCGCCGCCGGUAACGAGAACGCCGAUGCCAGCGACUCCAGCCCCGCCUCCGCCCCCGAUGCCAUCACCGUCGCCGCCAUCAGCGAGAACAACGCCCGCGCUGAAUUCUCCAACUUCGGCAAGGUCGUCGAUAUCUUCGCCCCCGGUGAGGACAUCCUGUCUGCCUGGAUCGGCUCCAAGACCGCCACCAACACCAUCUCGGGUACCUCGAUGGCCACCCCCCACGUUGUUGGUCUGUCUCUCUACCUCAUGUCCCUGGAGGAUCUCGACGGCCCGGCUGCCGUCACCAAGAAGAUCAAGGAUCUCGCCACCCCCGACGUUGUCACCGACGUCUCCGGCAGCCCCAACGCUCUCGCCUACACCGGCGCCUCCGACUAAAUCCGAGGUUCAUUUUCUGUACCAACUGUAGCAACAGGGGGGAAUUGGAAAGGGGAGAGUUGACGGAGCGAGGAUGGAUGAAAUAAAGUGAGGGAUGGGCAAGGACACAGGGGCCAUGUAUACAACUGACUGCACUGUUUCAAGAAUCAAACCACUUC